CAUUUCUGAUUUCAUGUUUCAGCUGUCACAUUCAAGUCAAGUGGUCUAUAAUUAAAGAGAUUUGUUAGGGUUAAAGUGUGAAAUAUUACAAUAUCCUGGUUAAUUUCAACCUACUAGACGAGAUCCGAUAAGUCAUAAGUCGCAAUUCGUCGUGCAUAAUGUCGUACAAUUUUGAGGAGUUGUCUUUUAGUGAGGCAAAGGACCUCCUUCGUAAGUGGAGAGAGAAUAAUGAAAGAAGGAGUGAUGAUGUGAUUGAGCUGUGGACCUCUGUCAUCAGUGAUAAUGUUGCUAAGCUCGGCAAUGAAAAGCACCUGGUAUUAGAACAAGUCAUGUAUGCAGCUCUUGACUGCCAUGCUUACCAUAUCGCCGUCAUGUGUACCUGCAUGUUGUCGUAUGAGUUCCCAAACAGUAUGCGUGUCUUACGGUACGACGCCGCAUACAAUGAGGCUAAGGAAGCGUAUGGUGAAGCUUUAGAGACGUUGGAUAAGAUAAUUAAAGCCGAUGAGACUAACGCGGCGGCACGGAAGCAGCGCGUCGCCGUCCUCAAGUCGCAGGGACUCAUCAACGAGGCUAUUAAGGAACUAGUUGAUUAUCUCAAGAAGUUCAUGUCGGACGUGGAGGCCUGGCAGGAGCUGUGCACGCUGUACUCGCGGCAGGGCGAGUACGCGCGCGCCGCCUUCUGCGCCGAGGAGCUGCUGCUGCACCAGCCACACAACCAUCUCAUGCAUCAGCGGCUGGCUGACAUACGAUACACCAUGGGCGGUGUUGAAAAUAUGGAGUUAGCUAAAUCGUACUAUUGUCAAGCUUUGAAACUGAACCCCGACAACAUGAGGGCCUUACUGGGAUUAUUCUUAACGACAAACAACCUGCUGUCGCACUACAAGUCCGCAGGCAACGCGGGCAAGCGCAAGGAGGUGUGGAAGCUGUGCCAGUGGGCGCAGUCGGGCGCGGCGCGGCGCCAGGGACAGACGCGCGCGCCUUCCGCCGCCGCCGCGCCCGACCUCACGCAGGCCAUGCUCGCGCUCGCCAUACAAGACUGACUCCAUACAGUGUCGUAAUGGGGAUGGUUCAGCGCGCGCUCACCUAAUGUAAAUAAAUUAGCAAUUUCCAGUCCAAAAUAUGUAUGUCAAGGUGACGAUAUAUCUACAGACUACAUGAAACAAUCAAAUGAAAAAAAAAACUAUAUUACCUGCAAAGUAGUCAUCUACACAGAAUCCUCCAGUAAAGUUAAAAAAAAAUGCAAUUUAGUAAGACUGGUCAGAAACACCUAUCAUUAUCUCUACUACCACUUAUUGCGUUGGUUGUUGAGGAAACAUUAUAGUGUUAAUUAUUAUACUAUAUUCUUGUCGGCUUUUGAGCCUUCAAUAGUAAUAAAUAUAUCUUAUUUAUUAAAUAGGUAAUAAUUUACUUUUCUAGUAUACCUAUAAUGUUGGAAGUAAUUAUACCAGUACUGGAAUAUUUCAUUAUUUGCAUUUAUAUUUUAUGUUAUUGGUGAAAUGGAACUUCUUUAAAUUAUGUUACAGGACUGGUGGGAUAACAAUUAAUGUGUUUAUUAAAUGUAUACUAUGUUACCAUCUAA